AUGCUUGUCAAGGCGUGUCUUGCCCUCGCUUCUGCGGCCAUUGUUUCGGGUGCGCCCUCUCUGACGCGGUCUUAUGGAGACGAUGUCUACGACUAUAUCGUCGUUGGUGGUGGCACCGCUGGAGUCGCCGUGGCCGCCCGUAUCAGCGAGGGACUCCCCGCAGCCAAGAUACUCUUGAUUGAGGCCGGCCCAGCGGUAUGGGACGAGCCUAAGAUCAACAUUCCCGGUAUGAAGGGAUCAACGCUGGGGACCAAAUAUGACUGGAACUUCACCACUGUGCCUCAGCCCGAUGCCAAAGGCCGUACCUUCGCCGUCAACCGGGGCAAGGUCCUUGGGGGCAGUUCCGCUCUCAACCUCAUGACCUACAACAGGGCAGCCGUUGCUGAGUACGAUAGCUGGGAGGCUCUUGGCAACCCGGGUUGGAACUGGGAGACGAUGAUUGCCGCCAUGAAGAAGUCUGAGAACUUUACUGGCAUCAACACUGACACGUACGGUUCAGAGGGCGUCGGUGACAGUGGCCCGGUCAAGGCCGUCAUCAACAGAAUCAUCCCUAAGCAGCAGGAGACAUGGAUUCCGACGAUGAACUCGUUGGGUAUCAAGACCAACCUGGAAUCACUCGGAGGAAACCCUCUCGGUGUCAUGUACCAGCCCAGCAGCAUCGACCCUACGCACUACAACAGGUCCUACAGUGCCAACGCAUAUGUCCCCAUCGCCGGCCCCAACUUGGUCAUCCUCCCUGACACCACUGUUGCCAAGGUCAACCUUGAGAAGGACACAGCGAAGUCAACCCUACAAAGGGCAUGUGGCGUGACUCUUCAGGACGGAACCGUGAUUCAGGCUCGGAAGGAGGUCAUUCUCUCUGCUGGCUCCAUCCAGAGCCCGGGUCUGCUAGAGCUCUCUGGCAUCGGCCAGGCUUCUGUCCUCGAAGCCUCUGGCAUUGAGCAAGUCAUUGACCUUCCCGGUGUCGGUGAGAACCUGCAAGACCACCUCCGCAUUCAAAGCUCCUACCAGCUGAAGCCCAACUACACCUCCUUCGACAUCCUUCGCAGCAACACCACCGUGGCCGCGGAGCAGUUGGCACUCUGGAAUGCUGGCCAAGUCUCCCUUUACGACUACACUGGAUCUGGCUAUACUUUCAGCACGUGGGCACAGGCGAUCGGCAACGAUUCCCACUUGGUCAAUCUCGCUAAGCAAGCCGCCGGCGAGGAUUCCAGUGUCGUUGACCACAAAAAGCUGGAGUUCCUGUCCGAUCCGUCUAUCCCCCAGCUCGAGGUGAUCUUCUCGGACGGCUACACAGGAGUCAAGGGUUACCCUGCAGCCACCUCGCCCCUCUUUGGCAAGGGCUUCUUCAGUCUCAUCGCCGUUCUCAUGCACCCCAUGAGCCGGGGCUCGAUCCACAUCAACCCGUCUGACACGGCUGGAAAGCCCAUCAUCGACCCCAACUACUUCUCUCACGAGCACGAUCUCGAGGCCGCCAUCCAGGCCAUCAAGUACUGCCGAAAGAUCGCCCAGACGGAGCCCAUGAAGCAACUCUGGGAAAACGAGUAUGAGCCCGGCCUGGACGCUGUGCAGACCGACGAGCAGUGGAAGCAGUUCGCCCUCAACACUACGUUGAGCAUAUACCACCCCGUCGGGACUUGCUCCAUGUUACCGAAGGAGGACGGGGGUGUCGUCGAUGCCGACUUGAAGGUAUACGGCACGUCCAACCUGCGGGUCGUUGAUGCUAGUGUUAUCCCCCUCCUCAUCUCCGCUCAUAUGCAAACUGCCGUUUACGGUAUUGCUGAGAUUGCCGCGGAGCGCAUAAUUGCCAGCGCUGCUACAUGCUAG